CGUCCAAUCAGUACGAACUCGGUUCCCGCCAGCGCAGUAACAACUUCGCCGACGAGCGCGUGAAAUACACUUCAUUUUCCCCUUUGAGCCAAGCAAAAAGUUAACAAAAAUCACAAACCACAAGUGCCUUAACAUAUAAUCUAUAGAAUAUUACUGCCCAUUAAGUAUCCGCUUUCGACAGGAACAAAAAAAGAUACAAAAUACACAGAAUACAAAAUAAAAACCCAAGCUCAACGAAUGCGGAAGUGAGCGAAAGCCGGCGGCUUUUUUUUAAUAAUUAUUUGCAAUUAACGCAAAGGAUAAAAUAUAUGAAGUAUUGUGCAAACAACAAAGGGAAACAAAGGGAAAAGAGAAACGAGUGAGAGAAAGUGAUCGAGUGCCUUCAUUUGCAUAUCCUUGCAAAUUGAAAUCGAGAAUUAAUUGAAUAACAAAAAAGUAAUUGAAUAAUAAGAAAACGUGCCGCAAUGUCUGUUGUUCGCAGUGCCAUGUCAAGCAGAAGUAUUCAAUAAUCAUAAUCCCGAAACCCGAAAUCUGAAACAGAAUUCGAAAAUUGAUUAAUCAUUUUGUGCCUUGAACUGAUCGUGACUCGUGAGUCAGAGCAGCGCCAUUUAAUUGUCCGCAAAUAAAAAAAAGUACGGGUACGAGCACAGUUGCAAAUUGUCGGGUUAAAUAUUGGUAGAAUAUCGGUAGAAUAUCGGUGGAAUCGGUGGCAUCGGUUGCAUACCCCUCCCCCGCCAGGCAUUUACCCCUGGCCACCAAAACUCGAGUUGAGCUUCAUGCGAAAAACGCCGCUUAAAUGCAUACGGAUAUCAUAAUUGGUGAUCAAUUUGCCGCCAACAAUAACUACUGGGUGAUGCAGUCCCCGGAACUGGACUAUCGGCACGAGCUGAUGGGACGUCUGCAUAAAAUCGAGCCCGCCGAUGUUGAGCUUGAGGUUUUGGCAGCCGCUGCAGCAGCCACUAAUAACAACAACAACAACAACAGCAGCAGCAGCAACAACAAUCACAGCAGCAGCAACAACAGCAGCAACAACAACAGCAGCAGCAACAGCAACGGCAGCCAAACACCCACAAACAGCAGCAACUUGGCAAGCUCUAGCCAUCAGCAACAUCAGUUCCACCACCACCUGCACCACCAUCACUCGCAUCAGCACCACCACCAGCACCACCAUUUGCACCAGCAGCACCACCACACGCACAGCUUGCAAAGCGGCGAAAGUGGUGCAUCGGAGGCGUGGCCCCACUACGCCGGCGAUGUUGCCGUUGCACAUGCACAACAGCAACAUCAACAGACGCAGCAGCAACAUCAGCAACUUCAGCCCGCCGGAUCACCGAAUUCCAACUCAAAUGGAGCCUACGGCUGUGCCCCACUCUACGAUGGUGCGCCCUACGAUGUGGCUCUUGCCUACGGCGGUGGUGCGGUGGUGGUUGCCGCUUCGGGUGGCGCGACCUCCAGCGACAAGGAGUAUCUAUAUGAAACCAAAAACAAAGAGGCUCUCUACGCCGAUCCGCUGGACGAUCCCUACCAGCGACCCGUGCUCUGGGACGAUAUUACUACCUCAAUCCAAAAUAUCGAUCCGGAGAAUGCGCUCAUGCUGAGCAGUAGCAGCAGCAGCAACAACAACAACAACGGCAACAGCAGCAACACUGGCGAAGCUGCAACAUCGCAAUUGCCGCAGGUCAAGAUGGAGGCAAUCGAUGAGAGUUUGCUGGAGACUUUCUCGACCCCAUUGCUCAGUCCCCUGGAGAUAAAAACUGAGAAGCAUCAGCAGCAGCAAAAGCGACAGCAGCAACAGCAGCAGCAACACCAGCAGCAACAGCAAUACCAGCAGCAACACUAUCAGCAACAUUAUCAGCAGCAGCACUUGUACCAGCAUCAUCCCAGUUUGUCGCUGCCUGGCUUGCCACCCGCUGUCGAGAUGGUGGAGUUGCAACUGCAACAGCAACAGCAGCAGCAGCAGCAACAUCUGCAACACAACACCAGCAACAGCAGCAGCAGCAGCCCCAAGCUGGCGACCCCCGGCGACAACAGCAGCAGCAGCAACACCUCCUCCUAUCAGCAACAGUACGCAUCUCAAUUGGUCGCCGGAUCGGGCGGCGGCUAUCUCAACGGUAGCACCAGCAACUCCUACGGCUACAGCUGGCACAGCAGUCAGACGUUUCACACCAAAUACCAAAUACACCCGCCAUCGGCGGCUGCCUCAGCCACCGCCUCCGCCACUGCCACGCCCACAGCUCAACUCGGUGCUCAACAGCAGCAACAGCAACAACAGCACCAGCAGCAGCAACUGCAGCAACUGUGUCCCCCCGCGGCGCCCAGCACCCCCUCCGCCUCCUCCUCGUCCAUCUCCUCAUCGUCGGGGUCCUCCGCCAGUCGCCACAUGUUCGUGCCACCUUUGACCCCGCCCAGUUCGGAUCCCGGCAGUCCGGGCAGCUCGAUGGUGGCCGCCGCCGCCGCAGCAGCCGCCCAACGUCGCACCACCCCACCACCGCCCUACCAGCAAGGUCAUGUGCUGGGUCUCAUUAACCCACCACCGCCCACGCUGCAACUUUUGGGUGGCGGUGCAGUUACCAGCGCCACUACUACUUUGACCACUUUAACACCCGCCAGUGCCAUUCAGCAGCAGCAGCUGCAGCAACAACCACAGCAGCAGCAGCAGCAACAGGUGCAACAGCAACAGCAGCCACCCACCCCCCGCUCUUCGGGGGGCGGGAGGCGUGGCCGUCAUUCGCACCACCAACCGGGCACGGCGGCCCACAUUGCCAGUUUAAUGAGCGUGCGCACGGUGCGCUACAACCGCCGCAAUAAUCCCGAGUUGGAGAAGCGACGCAUACACCACUGUGAUUUCGUGGGUUGCUCCAAGGUCUACACGAAGAGCUCGCAUCUGAAGGCCCAUCAAAGGAUACACACGGGCGAAAAGCCGUACACCUGCCAGUGGCCCGAGUGCGAGUGGAGAUUCGCCAGAUCCGAUGAGUUGACCAGACAUUACCGAAAACACACGGGCGCCAAACCCUUCAAGUGCAUCGUUUGCGAAAGGAGUUUUGCGCGGAGCGAUCACCUGGCCCUCCACAUGAAACGCCAUUUGCCCAAGAACAAAUGAGAAAGGUCACGCGGGGUCACGCGAGCCCAGCAAAAACAAAAAAAAAAUCAACUAUAUCACAAUCCAAAGGACUUUAGCGUAGAUAAAAUGAAUUCGUUUAGUUGAAAGGUUAACUACUACUUGAUAGGAACUGCUAACCAACUCAAUUAACUCAAAUGCGAAGUGUAGUAGUUUAAGUAAAUGAAAUUACCACCUGCUUAAAGAAAAAAAAACAUCCUACAAAACCAACUAACCAACAAUUCAGCACCACAAUCACAAAUUGAACUAGCAUAAUCUAGAGCUCUACUGUAAGUUAACAUGUAUAAACAUAUUCUUUAGAUCUAUAGUACAAUAGAUGUUUAAUCAGAAUUUUGAACAUAUAGUAGGUGUGUUAAGUGUAAACGUAAUUCCAUAAACUCUAUGUGUAUGUAUAUUGCUAUCGCAGGUAUUUUAGUGUCGUCGUAAACCGUUUAAAAUCCACCAAAAAGUGCUGGCACAACAAGAUCCAAUAAAAUAUAUUUGAAAAACCA